CAACCCUGUUGCGAUAACUAUCGGCUCAGCAGCUGUGUUUUUGCCUUCUUUUUCGUAUCCGGUUCAAGCAAUUGUUGCUUAUCGUCGAGCAGAUCCCACAGAAUGGCACCCAGGAAAGCUAAAGUUCAGAAGGAGGAGGUUCAAGUCCAGCUGGGACCCCAAGUCCGCGAUGGCGAGAUCGUCUUCGGCGUGGCGCAUAUCUACGCUAGCUUCAACGACACCUUUGUCCAUGUCACGGAUCUGUCUGGCCGCGAGACCAUUGCCCGCGUCACCGGCGGCAUGAAGGUGAAGGCUGAUCGUGAUGAGGCUUCGCCCUACGCCGCUAUGUUGGCUGCCCAGGAUGUGGCUGAGAAGUGCAAGCUGCUGGGAAUCACCGCGCUGCACAUCAAGCUGCGUGCUACCGGCGGUAACAAGACCAAGACCCCCGGACCUGGCGCCCAGUCCGCUCUGCGUGCUCUGGCCCGUUCCUCGAUGAAGAUUGGACGCAUUGAGGAUGUGACUCCCAUCCCAUCGGACUCCACCCGCAGGAAGGGCGGUCGCCGUGGUCGUCGUCUGUAAAGUGUGAGGCCACAUUGUUCUGCUGCGUUUAUUUUUUAUAUAAAUACAUCAAUUCAGCAUAAA